AGUUUCAAAAUAAGUGUCGUCGAACUGCGUGGUAGCUCUUGUUGUGAAAAGAAACCGACCCGGAAGCAUUGUUCCUGUUCAUGUUAGCACAGCUAACGUUAGGAAUGGACCGGUCAGCAGAACUAUCGUGGAGGCCACCCCGGGCAUGUGACAACUACUGGAGUGAAUUCAGGCACUGCAAAAGCUUGUGGAAUCGUUUCCACCACUACUACACCUAUGGUACCUCCCCGUCCUGUCAGCAGUGGCAAGAAGACUACAAUAACUGCAAAGAGUGGGAGAAACACAGAGACAUCGAGGCAAAGGAAGCUUUGCAGAGGAGUGAAAGGAACAGAGUGGCAGAGCAGAAAAAGUUCACUCCAGUGUGGAAACUGAGACAAGACCCUCCUAGAGACUGGCACCUGCCCCUUAACCAGGAGAAGCCUCAGGACUCCUGAACUGUCACCAUUAUGUAUUAACCUGCUGUCUCUGCUCCAUGGUGGCUGGAACAAUGUGAAAUGAACAUUCAUAAUGUACUAUAUUCCACUACAUGGACAUACAAUCCUUCACAGCUUUAUGCUGGAGAGACUGGUCAUCACUUAGUGCCAUCACAGGUUGUGUUCAGAGAGCGCGUAUAUUUGAACCGUGGUGGCAGCAUCUAGUGGUCAAUGAGGAUGACAACAACUACUCAAUCAGUAAGUUACAAUAUGAUCUCUGCAAAGGCAAAUAAUGAAGUCUCCUAUGCUUGUGUAAACUGAAGCACACUCACACACACUGUAAAUGAAGUUAAUAUAAAUUGCUUGGUUUUCUUUGUAAGGAAAAGGCACCAUUGGGUCAAAUCAUGCACUGGAUACAUUUUCAAGAUUACAUGUAAUCCAUCUAAGUAAUGAAAGACUGGCUGUGCAUCAUUUUGAGCACAAAGUGUUUAACAUAAUUCUGCUCAGAUUUGAUCAAUAAAAAAACUCACAUUUUAA